UGCUCCUCCUCGCUCCCGGGCGGGAGGGCACUUGUUGCGUUGCGAGGACGCUCUAGCGGCAGCGGGACUUCUCAUCCCGUCCUGGCUGAGUGGCAUCACUGAAGGGCUGUCUGUUAUUGCUGUGGGAGAGCAAAACCUACUUCCAACUGCAUCUUGUGUGUCAUCUGCAAAACCACCAGUCACAACAAUCAUUUACCUGUCUUGUGCUGCUUGGGAGAACUAAUUCAUGUGUGGAAUCCAUCUGCAAGACUAGAGGGGCAGGAGCAAAUCUAUGCAUGUGCAAGUGUCUGCAGUGAGGAAAAACUUGAGGGCUCAAUGAACAACAACAAAAAAAGUGUCCUGAAAGAGUUGAAUCCCUGUUGAGCACGUGAGAUUGGACUAGAUGAUCUCUCAAAGUCCCUUCCAACCCCUACCAUUCUGUGAUUCUGCUGAAGCCACCUCCACACGCAUCUGUUAAAGGUCCCCAGGUUGCAGAGAGGCUGCCUUGUCAACCAGGAUCACGUCAGGUGCUCUGAGCUCACAUUCCUGCAUCAGAACUGAAGAGGUGCAGCAUGGCUCACAACUGUCUGCAGUGUAUCAAGUACCUAAUGUUUGUCUUCAACCUUCUCUUUUGGUUGGGAGGCUGUGGAAUCCUUGGAGUAGGCAUCUGGCUGGCAGUUACCCAAGGGAACUUUGCGACCCUCUCCUCAUCAUUUCCAUCCCUGUCAGCUGCCAACCUGCUGAUCGUCACAGGGACAUUUGUCAUGAUCAUUGGCUUCGUGGGCUGCAUAGGUGCCAUCAAAGAAAACAAGUGCCUCCUGCUGAGUUUUUUUAUCAUGCUGUUAAUUAUAUUUCUGCUGGAGCUCACUGUUGUGAUUCUGUUCUUCGUCUACACGGACAAGAUUGACAAGUAUGCUCAGCGGGAUCUGAAGAAAGGGCUUCAUUUGUAUGGGACAGAUGGAAAUAUUGGCCUAACUAACGCAUGGAGCAUCAUUCAAACGGAUUUCAGGUGCUGUGGAGUCUCCAACUACACUGACUGGUUUGAAGUGUACAAUACAACCCGGGUGCCGGACUCCUGCUGCUUAGAAUUCAGUGAGAACUGUGGACUCCAUUCCCCAGGGACCUGGUGGAAAGCGCCUUGCUAUGAAACAGUGAAAAUAUGGCUCCAGGAAAACUUACUAGCAGUGGGAAUCUUCGGAUUAUGCACAGCCAUGGUGCAGAUUCUCGGACUCACCUUUGCAAUGACCAUGUAUUGUCAGGUAGUCAAGGCAGACACCUACUGUGCAUAGAUACCAUUCCCAAUCUUUCUGCUCCUCCUCCAAAGGACACAGGAGAAAUCUCCUUCAUGCUCAUUCAUCUGACUUUUUUUUCCCCCCUUUGUACUAUGAACUGUGUAUAAUGCUAUCCUUUCUGAAGAUUUUGUGAAUCACCCCACUGUACUGAAGGAGGAAGAAAAGAAAAAGUCAGUACUUGACCUGGCACAGGUAAGAAGCAGCUUUAUCUUUCAAGAGAAGAAAAACCUCCAAAGAGCAAUGGUUCCUUUUCCCUGGCCUAUGGCAAGGCAGAGGCAGCUGUGUAGGAGGGGCUGACAUGCAAACCCAUGUCAGGAAAAGAUUAUGCUGAGGCACCUCUGCACAGCCCACUGGGCUGCCUUCCCCCAGCUCCUGCUCUGGAAGAGAGGGCAUUGAGAAGGAAUGUUCUUCAGCAUGGAAAGAAGGUACCGAGUAGCUGACACUGAACGCAGUUGUUAUUUCACUAUAGUGUGCACACAGCUGAAAGGUCAAGAACAAGCAGUCCUGCCUCCAAGUGUCUCCAGAUGAUAUUGUAGCUAGGAGAGGAUCAUCUUCAGAACUGUAUUAUUUUAAAGGAGUAUUUUUAACCUUACACGCUGCAAAGUCAGGCUUUUAAUCAGAAUCUGUACAGUGAGGUCUGGCUGGUAAGGGAAAAUAAUAUUGGACAUCAUCUCACUUAUUAAUUGCCAGUGGCAUGUAGAUGGUUGACUGCAUAUGUAAGACAUGGUACAUUCAUAUACACAUGCUGUUCUGAAAGGAGGUGAUAUUACCCAGCAUCUAACCUCAGAAAGACGGAACCUUCCUGUCCCAUUUUACAUUCCAACUGAAAUAACUGAGUAUUAUUUCUUGUAGGAGGCACUUAUACCUCUGGGAAACAAGUAAUUACUUUCAGCUGUGUCUUCGUUUCAGUAAACAACUUGUGAGUGGGCUCUCUGUCAUUCUACUACGGUUUUAUUUUUUAUCAUCCCUGUUUCAAGUUAGUCUGCCAAAAAAUAUCACUCAUUUCCACAGUUGAAGAUCUGUACAAAGCUGUCAGCUGUUCCUUCCCUGAAUGUCACCAUUUCAUUAAUUUACAUUGGGAUAUCAUCAUCUGCAGGUAUGAUAGAGUUUGCCUUGCUGAGGAAAAAUCUUUCACACAUUGCUCAUUUUUCUGAGAGUUACCAAGACUUUUGAUGUUUUUAUGCUCGGGGUUUUUUUUUCUUCCCAGCUGCAGGCAUACAACAGCCAAGGCCCAUCAGUCUUUUUUAGAACUGGAGUCACCUCUCAGUUCUGUUUUGCAGAUCCAGCUCCCCCUACCUGGCUUUUGGCUAGAACAUACCCCACAGUUUCUGAAAUUUGCAGACAUCAAAAUUCAUAACUUUCCUUAGGCAGAACCACCAAUUGCCUGAUUUCCACACUCCACAUUGGUGACUGAAGUAAUUUAUGUAGUGCCCUCCUGUGCACCCUUCUAGUGAUGGGGUUAAGAAUGAAGUGUGUUUCUUCUUGUUCAAACGAGGAGUUUCCCACCAGAUAAUGCUCAUGUGACAGGGAGAGGCUGCAGCACUUCAGUGAAAGGGCUCAGGCAAACAGAGCAAGGCAGCUGGCCUGCUCCCUGCAGCCCUCUGGACCACUGACAGUAGCCCAGAGAGACAAACAUGGUGCCAUCUUUUCCCAUAAAGCUCAGUGUGGCCAUUCCCACAUGACAGACUAGAAGUCUGCAUCAAGUUCGGGGAAAAAAAAAACGCUCCCCUGUACCUUUAUUGCUUACAACUGCAGGUCUCAGCCAUGAGCGACGUUAAAGGCACUUUCCAGCAGUGAAGCUGGAGUUGUUCUAAAUGCUGUGGGUUGGCAAUCCCCUUAACACCCCCUGCCCCAUGUAAUCUUUUGCUGGACCUUUACCAUUGACAAAUAUUACUCUGCUUAGGUUGAGUUUGUUUUGGUUUUUUUUCUUUUCCUCUCUGCUGCUUCCCCCACCUUGCCAUGGUUUGUGGGGAAGUGGUUAGGAUAGUCUGGUGUCUGAAAGAGCAAAUAUCUUCCAAAGUCUUACCAUCGUCUUUAUGCAUUAACCAUGGGGCAUUUAGCUGUGCAGCCCCAGCUGAAGGUAACAUAAGACUUGCGUGCAUUUCAUGUGGCAUCCCAGUUGCUCACUCUUGCAGCCACCUCACCACCACCACCACAGGGUGUUACUGCCAUGCCAUCCAGCCUUGGCUAAUGUUAACAUACCUUGAGGCAGGGCAAAGGUUAAACUGAGCGAGUAGCCUCCCCCGGUACCCCGUACUCAAGGCAACAGACUUGCUACUGGUGGUAUCAUCCCCAGUCAGUGGUCCUGGAGCCCAGGCUGAGCUGCCAGCAGUUCCAACCUUCCCUUCCUCCACACUGUUGCCUUGCACAUAGACACAAUCAGUGGCUACACAUCCCAUUAGCUCUUGCCCUAGUUUAGGAUGUAUACACACAGAUGCUCCUGCUCAGUUUCCACCACUGAAAAGCAGCACAACAGAGUGAUAAAUGCAUUCAUAAACCAUUUUUAAAGAAAGAUAAAAGGUGGAUGAGUCUAUUUGUAGUGAUCUCUGCCAUUAAAAAUUAACAGAAGAGAGAGCAGAGCUCCCAGAGCAGACAGUUCUUGUCCGUUUGCCUGAUGGUGAUGUAGGGAGAAGAGAGAUCACAGACCUCAUCCUGAGCAUCUCCUAGUAACAUGCCACACUCUAGAGAAAACUGCUAAACCUACUGAAGGAAAAAAAAUGAGAAACAGCGAGUGAAGACAAGUCACACUUUGUGGUUCCCUUAUGAUUUUCCACCUUUUGGGUGUCUUUACAAGACAAACUGCCUCAGUUUGUCAAAACCAUGAUCUACAGGGAAUAACAAUACUUACUUUGUAAAUGCCAGUCACUGCAACAGAAACAUACAGCAUUAACUGCUGAAAAGAAAGAAAGAAAAACAACAAAAACCAGACCACCUAUGGCUGCUAAUAUUUUUUUCUUAUACACUACCCUUUACACUGCCAACUGAGAUGCCACUGCAACUUAUUUAUAAGCUGAAUUGGACUAUUUUCUAUAUUUGAUGUUAUUAACACUCCUCACACAGGCUAAGCAGAUGUUAUAGUGCUUAAAGCACAAUCCAAUUUCAGCCCUCCACACAUACUGCACAGAAGCAGCCUCCGCCUUAGUGUGUUUUCUUUUUAAAAGCAUUGCAUCCUUUCUCUGCUGACGAGGGCAAAAUAUUGUGCUAUGUAAAAACUAGAGUCUUUUUUUUAAAAAACAAACAAACAAACAAAACAAACCCAAGCUGGCAAUACCAUGUUAUACAUAAAACUUCAUGUUGAACUGGUUGAUUAUAAAUAAAAUACCAUGUAAAAGGCCGCUUACAUCGUAUGUAUGGGGAGCAAUGCUAAAGUCAUUCCAGGUGCCUCCAUUGCAACACUUUUAGUAAACUCUUUUAUAUCUUUUUUUUCACUUCUUAUCUUUAACCAUGAAGGGCAACUCAAUACAUUUAAAGACAGAACCAAAGGCCACAAACAUUGAAGGAGCACACUCCUAAUUGAUCUCAUUACUCAUCCUGCUUAGUGACAGCACGUGAAGGCCUGAGGCGUGUGGCUGGACCUGCCACCUUCAGCAGGGUUUAGCUCUCAGAAUCAGUCCAAUAUACUCCUGCCUUGUUAUCAUCACAAUUAUAAUAAUAUCUACAUGCCAGUAUUUAUAUCUAGAGAGAGCAGAAUACGGUUUAUUUUCCUGUACAGUCACUGUCAGCAGCAGUCAAAUCUUAGUGUUUAACAUAAUUAUUUAGCUCCACAUCUUAGAGUGUACAAUCUCUGAAAUUCACUCCAGUUUCUGUUCCAUGAAUAUUUCUUAACUCCUUCCAUUCAAAUAAUAAACUCAGAGGUUUAUUCUGACAUUUGGUAAUUGUCAUUUGAAUGCAGCAGUGUAAUAUUUAUCAUAUGGAGAGGAAAGGACUGCACAGAAGCUGCAAAAUCAUUUGUCUUGCAUCAGCGAUGUGGCUGGUCUGCGAUCUCCCCACCCCCUGACUCUCCCAAACCUAUUCAGAACUGGUUACGUCCCAGUGCACGGUGCUGCUGCUGCCUCAUCCCCCUUGCAGGGUGGGCAGAAGGUGGUGGCAGGGGGACAGCUGAAGCCAUUCACUUACCCCUCAGCUUCACUGCCAUGUUAUAAAUGUGGCACCAAAGGUAAGCACGAGCUCCAGCAGCUGAUUGCAAUGUGUAUUUUAAAACCAGACUCGUUAUUAACUUGGUCUGCAAGGAUUAUUGCCAAGUGCGAAAGAUUUUCACAGACACUGAGUUAGGCAAUUUACAGUAAGAAAACGGGUCAGGACUCGCCCUGGGAAGUUUUGUUUGGAUUCCACUGCGAGUUCUGAUCUUCACUGGUAUCUUACACAGUGGGCAGGUCUCCUCAGUGCUUUGGGUUUUGUCACUGCAACUACAAUGAUACAUUCAUAUAAAGAACAGAUUUUAAAAGAUACAUUUUAUUUUUUAAAAGUUAUUAAAUAUUCUUUAAACUUUACAACAGAAUGUCUUUUGUAUUACUUGUAAUCAACUACACCAAAAGCUAUACAGCAAGUGCACACGUACCCAAAGAUGUGUGUGUGCAAUUGCACAUGCAGUGUACACAAUAAAAAAAAUAAAAUACACACCAUACUUUUUUGUCAUUUCUCAUUGACUAUCUGUGAAUUGACCUAUCCUUCCAUUUAGAUUUUUUUUUCCAAUCAUUAAGUGGCUUGUCCAUUGACAGGUAAAUUUAAAUGUCCUUUUGUUUCCUCUUAAGGGCAACCUGAAAGUAUAUGAUAGUUGAGAACAAUUCAGGAAGCACUAGGAGAUCAGGCUUCUGUUUAGAGCUUGCCUGUUACUGAUAAUUUUGAAACAAACUGACUUCCCUUUUUCAGAGGUAAUUUCUUAGAUUCAAAAAUUGCAUAGAAAAACUCACAUCUCACACUGCCUUUUCCUGUACAAUUUAUUGAAGCCUCCAGGUCAAAGAGCUUCGCAAAUGAAACAGCCUCUAAGGCUGCACACUCCCAGGCAGCCUCUCAAAGUGUAUGGGAGGGUGCAGGCUGGCAGCACAGACAGAGGUUUGAGAGGUUGUUGCAGCAAAUCUCAUAGAGGAUAACACAACCCUUUAGUGGAAGCUUCUAACAAUGCCCUUGAUUCAGUAGGCAUGAUAACAUUACUUGAAUUCUCUUCAUCCCAUGAAGCGUAUCACUAGAUGGUCUCAUUACCCACAUCUUCUUCCAUAUCAGCCUUACAUUGCAACAGUGAAUUUCAUAAUUUCAUCACUUAAAAUUCUCUGAUUCUACAACGGAUUCUUAUAUGGAUUUUAACAUGUUGCUUUGUGAUUUCCCUUAUUCACCAUUGGUUCUGUACUUCAGGAAUGGUAACAAUGAUUCUUACAGAAAUAUAUGGCACAGAGCAGCUGUAUUACCUUUACAGUCUAAUUUGGCUUUCCACGAAAGCUUAACCCUGAGUAGUAGAGUACAUGAUUGAUUUUCCAAGAUCUCAUUGUUUCAGAAAGCUGAGCCCAGCACCCAUCCUAGUUCAGUCUUUGCUUGUCCAACUACACGUUGACAUAGACAGAGGUCUUCCUGGUUUAAUCAGCAACAACUCUGGUAUGCUGUAUGUUAGUCAGCUGGCCAGAAAUUGUGGGUCAUGUUGCUCUGUGAGAGCAGCUUGGUUCACAUUCCUCCAUUCAACAACCAGAAAGCAUUCCCUACCACAGCACAGCAGCCACACUGGACAGCCUGUGAGCCAUCUCACAAUGUGUGGCAAUGAAGAAAUGGCUGAUCAGCUAAACUGGUUUCUCAAACAACUCCUUGGGUUCUUCUAUGCAGAAAUUGUUUAACAGAAAAUUUUGUUACUACAGAAUUGCUUUAUAGAGACUUCCCUGGACUUGUGAAAGGAUGGGAUGCUUACCCAUCCUAAAUCUCCCCUUCCAUUCCCAUGGCACUGCUAUUAUAAAAUAGGGUUUCAGUCACAGCCAAUAAAAUAAAAUACAUGACUAUGUAUAAUGAAAUCUAUAUAAAAUGAAGUACAGCCUAAACCCCAACUGUUACUGUGUAUUGCUGAUGUGUUUAUUUUUCCAUAUGGACAGCAAGAGUUGGAGGUGUAAAACAUUCAUCCUGAAGACACUAAAAAUUACUACAGAAAUAAAGGGAUUCUGGGAGCUGGUUUGUGCAAGUUUAUUCAAUGUAUCUCAUCAUCCCCCUCCUCAACAAAUGCAAUUCCUUGGCUGCCCAUUGCAGCUCUAGCCCUCCCAGCUCCAGUGUGCUGUUUCCAUCUACUGGUCUGCACAAGCAAUACCUGGUUAUCCGAGGGCCCUCCUCUGCCAGAUGCAGAGGUCAUCCCAUUCUGUAUAUUUUACAGCCUGUAGUGCCCAAGGACAGACACCUUACACAGCUUUAGUAAGUUCAAAUUUGACCCUGAGUCAGGACAUCACAGCCCCUAGGUAGCAGAGAGAUGUGUUCUGACAAGUGACUCCUACCCACCUAGUUAGGGAACCUCACUGGUGCCUGGCUCUGACCUGCUCUCCAUGUCCUCCCUGCCCCAAUGCAAAUCUGCAAGUGGCCAGAUGAGCCUGUUCACAGCCCAACUCUCACUCAUUGUUCAGCACUCUCCAGAGAGCCUUGUGCUGCAGGGAGUGCUUUUGUCCUUUUUUUCCCCCUUUAACCCAAUUUACCUUGGAAACUUGUUCAGUGCCAUUGUAUCAUCCACAGAUGCAAUUAACUGUUUCUAAUAUUAUAUCUCAGCUUGGAUAAUAAACACUCAGAAUACUGAGCUAAACAAAAUGCCCCAGCCCAGAGACACGGUUGUUGCUGUUCAUUAGAAAUGCUCAUGUGAACCCCACCUGGCCAAGGUGAGGAGAGCAGCAUCUGCAUCCCUGUAUUUGUUCUGGGGCAGCCUAACUGCACAAGACACCUUCUACCAAAAAACACUUUUAUAAAGGCAAUUCUUAGUUAUCUCCUUUCCAGGCUCUCAUUUCUCAAGGAAAUGAACCCUCCCCCGAGGGAGUUAAAGCUGUUAACAGACUCAAUUAAGAUGAAGUAUUUCCAAGUACUUCAGGAAAAGAGCACUUCACCAUGGUGCUUCUUCUAGUGCUUUCUUGGAACUCCUCUUCUUAUUCUGAGCCUACACCAGAUAGCUUAUGACAAUCAAAGUUACUAAAAGCUUCUUUGCAAUCUACAGAGCACCACAAAGCCCCCUCCCUCCCCACCAGCAGCCACUGGCUUUGCACCUUCACUGAUUUCCUUGGCAUUAGCUGGACAGGGAGGCUGCACAGUGAGCUGCAGGUGAGAAAGCUAUUUUGGGAAAAUUCUUUAUGCCAGGAGCUCAGCUGCAGGAAUUGGGCACACAGGUAUGUUAGAAAAAGAAAUUAGUAUACUUACCCCUAGAAGUGAGAGGUGCUUUCACUAUUACCUUGCUGAGCAGUUAAGUUACAGUACUUGGUGUCUCAAGAACAGAUUUGCCUCAAAACCUCACGGUUGAAAAUACUCCUGCUUUUGGGGGAAGAACAGAAAUUGUGAACUCAGACCUGUGCACAGCUGAAGGAAUUAUGGACUUGCAAAUGCAAACACUAGAGAGUAUAUAGACUGAAUUAAUGUGUCAUAGUUACCAACUCACUUUCCCUAAACAAAGUAACUCACCAGCUUGGAAGUACAGCUUGUUGUCAUGGAACUUGCUUGAUAUUUGGUGCUAAUAAAAAUUGAAGUUUUAAA